ACUCUGGCUCCUCUGAACCAGGUCUUUGGCCUCUUCUGUUCUGUUCUGGACUGGACCGGACUGUACUGGACCAGAGGAUGAUGAGGAGUGUGUGAUCUGGUUUCUGGUGUUUAAACUGGACACUCCGCUCCUCAGCUGAACCAGAACUGUUCUAAACCGAGCCGGACCAGAACUGAACAUCUAAACAAACAGGUGAGGUGCAGUCCGCUCCGGCGUAGUCCGCUCCGGUCAUGCAGUCGCUGAAGCGGGAGAUCCAGAGUUUCUCUCGGACUCGGCUGAGGAAACAGUGCACGCGCGUGACGUCGCUGAGCGGCCGACGCAUCAUCGAGACCUGGAAAGGUUCCACCAUCACUGUGGUGGAAGACUCCGCCCCCACAGAGAAGAUGCUGGGAUACGUCCCCGACACUUCCUGGGACCUGCAGGUGGGCGUGGUCAAACCCUUCCUGCUGCUGGUCAUCCUGGAUUACAUCCAGAUUAAAGGCGUGGUUCUGGUCCACUGUAACACCGGCGUGUCCCGGGCACCGUCUGUGGUCAUCGCCUACCUGAUGUCACGUGACGGUCGGUCUUUCGACGACGCCCUCUCAUUGGUCAGAUCGGCUCGGCCCGCCUCCUCGCCCAACCCCGGCUUCCUGGAUCAGCUGAAAAGCUUCAGAACAGAGACGGCGGCGAACGGAUCCAGACCCUGAGGAUGAGGAGGGAAUAAUCAUGAUGAAGAUUUACGUUUGAAUUUCAUCACAUUAGAAAAAGUCUGAUGUAAAACAUGACACGGAUUUGAACCCAAAAUGACUUCAGCUUUUCAGAGCAGUUAGAUUACAAUGUUGUUUCCAGACAGAAAAUCAAUAAAAGUCUC